UUUUUUUUGGGGGGGGGGGGGGGGGGGGGGAAGGGGAACUUUGAAGUCUCCCAAGACUUUGGAUCCUUCCCCGAGACGCCGCCUUCAAGCAAUGAGCAUUGAGACCUUGUUAGAAGCGGCCAGAUUUCUGGAAUGGCAAGCUCAGCAACAGAAAACACGUGAAGAAAAUGAAAAACAUGAAAAACUCUGCCAGGAGCGUGAACAGGAACAGAAGAAGGCCAGCGUGCAAAGGGUUAACCAUGUCGCCCAGCCGGAAGAAUCCCACAAAGACCUCCAGGCUGUCCCUUUGUCUCCGCCCACUCCAGCUCCUCCCCCUCCUCUUCCCCCCUCCCUGGCAGCUCCCAUUUCCGUCAUCCCCAUCCCGGUCGUCACCAGCCCCCCUCAGCCAGCCCCCCAGAGUACCUUGUCCCCCCCACUUAUCCAGCGGCACUCACCUAUGUUAAACAUGGGUCUCAGUAAGGAGCCCCCACUGAUGGCCCCCGUGAUCCAGAAAACUUCGGGGUCCCUUCUUCCGGACAUCAAGGUCCCCACACCCCCUUCGGCCAGCCCCAGCCAGCUGCCCCACUAUGCCACUUCCGUCUUGGCUAUUUCCCCACAUCAUAUGGCCCAGCCACCAAUUAAGCCCCAGCCACCUGCCCACCAGCCACUCCUCCCGCAUCACGUGCCUCCGCCACUCAACAUCAAAGUGAACCCGUUAGAAGAGGCCAAGCCCAGCGAGCAAAAGAAGAGACCUGGCGGAGUUGGCACUCGAGAAGUCCAUAAUAAAUUGGAGAAGAACAGACGUGCCCACUUGAAAGAAUGUUUUGAGACCCUCAAGAGAAACAUCCCCAAUGUUGACGACAAGAAAACCUCAAACCUCAGCGUCCUAAGGAGUGCCUUGAGAUAUAUCCAGACCUUGAAACGCAAAGAGAAAGAGUAUGAGCAUGAGAUGGAGCGGCUGGCGAGAGAGAAAAUUGCCACGCAGCAACGUUUGGCAGAGCUGAAGAAUGAGUUGAGUCAGUGGAUGGAUGUCUUGGAAAUUGACCGGAUAAUCCGCCAGACAGUUCAACCAGAAGAUGAUCAGGCAUCCACUUCAACUGCUUCAGAAGGAGAAGACAAUAUGGAUGAGGACAUGGAAGACAACAGCCCUGUCAAUUCGUUGCCGAAGCUCACGCACCGCCAGCAUCCCGAGCUCUUGAAAGCAGUGGCCCCCAUCGCUGCUGCCCAUCGCCCAUCGGUUCUGCCGCUGGCCCAGAAGCACGUCCCACCCCAUGCCCCACCCCCCCUCCAGCCCCAGGCCCUGGUUCAGCCCCAAGCGAUUGUCCCUGCACAGACUCACCUCGUGGCGGCUUCCACUGUGCAAUCGACUGUUAUCGCCCACACGGCCACUACCCACGCCUCCGUCAUUCAGACUGUCAACCAUGUCCUCCCGGGCCCCCAGCCCAAGCACAUUGCCCACCUCGCACCCUCGUCCACCUCCAGCCCAGUCCAGCUGACGACCACGGCUCAGCCCAUCGGCCACAUCACUGUGCACCCGGCCGCCCUCAACCACGUAACCCACCUGGGUCAGCAGCUCCCCCUGUACCCGCAGCCCGUGGCGGUCAGCCAGCCCGUGGUGGGCCACAUUGCGCACGCCAUCUCUCACCAGCAAGUGAAUGGAACUGCCAGCCUUGGCCAGCCAGCGGUCAUGGCGAAGCCCGGCGUUGGAACUCAAGUUAUCCACCACCAACAGCUGGUGGGCCAAACGGUCUUGAACCCCGUCACCAUGGUUACCAUGCCCCCUUUUCCCGUAAGCACCUUGAAGCUGGCGUAGAAUCAGCUGCAAAACAACUGGAUAAAACUCCAUACAUUCCAACUGUGCCCCGUGGCAGAGAAUUUAGGAGUGAGAGAGGGUUGGAGGCCCUGACCCUCCAGCGAGAAGAUGGCGCAAGAGAGAGAGGGCUGCGGGAGAGGCAGAGAUAACCUUUCCUCCCUCCACCUGUCCCUUCCCCAGUUUUUUUUUUUUCCUGUUUUGAUUUCUCUCAAGAAACUUGGUCAUGGGAGGGAGGGCGUGGGGUGGGGUGGGGAGUAGAAAAACCCAUAAGGGCUGCUUCUGCACUUGAAUUUUCCCUAAUCAGAGAGAAAAAUAAAUAAAUCAAUAAACUGUCCUUCACAGUGAUUUUUUUUUCUUUUGACAUGUAAUCAGUGAAAUAAGACUGUAAUAAAGUUCUUAAGACAUUGACUUUUCCUUUCAACCACCCCAGUCGUCACGACCGUUUUUUUUUUUAAAAAAAACUUCCAUUAUUUUAUUUUAUUUUUUGAUGUGUUGCUUCUUCAUAGUUCCUUUUUUUAAUGGCUGAUCUCUUUUAUUAAGACUUUGCAUAGAGGAAAAAGAAAAAGAAAUAGAAAAUAUAUAUAUAUAUUUAUAUAUAUAUAUCUACCUGCAUAUAGCUACAUAUGUAUAAAAAUAUGAACACCAUCGAUGGGCAAAUCCUUUUGUUUCCAGGAAUAAUGGACACAUGUCAACAUCACUCCUCCUGCUUUGAAAGGAGAGAAGAGAUAGCAUCCUUUCUUUUUUUUUAAAGCAUCUU